AUGAAUAUUCCAUCUCACUGUAGCCUAUACUUGACCAACAAUGAGUGCAUCACAAAGUUUGGCCCAAAUUACAACAACGGCUUGCAAGACAAAAUCGAGUCCCCUAUUCCAUGGAUCGGCAUGUUCACCGCAGCAGCUUCCGCAGCCUGCUCACUUGCCAUGGCAGUUGAUGCCGUGAGCGCCAUCCGAAACAAGAAACUCUGGGUCCCAUGUAAGUAUUUCUCUCUCAACGCCUUUUCCCUCACAGUCCUCGCUAUCGCCAUGAAGCUUCCCGUCGACCUCACGACUCGUAUGCCCGGAAUCAACGACAAGCUUUCACGGGUCAGUAGCCUCGUCCUCAUGUCCACCGCAAUAGCCAAUUUCAUGCCGUCCUUGGGAUCCAUGGAGGACAAUGAGAUCCCGCUAAAUCUAGCCGCGCUUGCUGUUUUUGUUGUCACUGUUGCCGGCAAUGUUUUCAUUCACGUGGUCCAACUGAGGAAUUAUUACGUCGCGAGAGUGACGCUAGCCGAGAAAACGGCUUCCACCGUUUUCGCGCUACUUCUGCUCGUGACACUCUGUUCCCUGGCCGUGAUGGUCCCCGUUGCCAGGCGACACAUGGAGUCGCAGUACAAGCAGAUGCACGAGAGGAUAAUUAGUUUGUCAGGAGGAAUAGUAAACCCCUCGGCCGACGAGCUGAGGGUGGCGGUGCGAAAGUAUUGGGUGAUGGCCGAGAGCCGAGCCCUACAGUUCGUCGUGGCACGGUCAGUCGUGUCCGCUACCUCGGGCGCUUUGUCUGUGCUGGUGGCUUUGACUCUCGUGGAAGCUCACAUCCGGUUGACAUUAGUUUAUAGGGAUGCGCUGCGCCUGUCGUCCAACUACAAGUGGUCUGUGAACUGGAUAUUGGGCAUUCAGUCUGCCGGCGUGGCGCUGGGAAUGGUUGCUCCGCUUUUGAGAUGGUUCUCGGCCGCUCGUCUGAAGAGCGCCGAGAUCGGACGGAGGAGAUUAACAGAAGAGCUUCAGAUCGAGGCUUACUGGACCCAGUUGCUCAAGGACUGGAGGGACCGACCUCUGCCCUUGAGAACCGGACACCACCGGUUCAGGAAAGCCGCCCAUGAAUCAAAGAGGCUCCUCCUCAGCCUCUGCAUAGGGCUUCAGAUCCUCAUCAUCCACACGAGCAAACUGAUUCUGCUCGGCUCGGCCAUCCUCGUGAGAUGGCUGACGUGCUGCUACGACAACUCAGUUGGCCCGGACGAGACGAACCCAGACCCAGACCUUAACCACUACGUUCUUCUGCUGGAGGGCGAAGCAGAGCUGCCACAACCUGCUGUGGCAGGCAUGUGCCGGGCGGUGGACGGGCUGAUCGAGACGGGAAAGAGGAGAAAGUUCGAGAGGCUGAUCGUGCUGCUCGGAAAGUCCCACGGCGGGUUCGACGGCGUGUGGGAGUUCGACGGAGGCGCGAAAAUCCGAAGCCUAAGCUCGCCAGAGCCGCCCAACUGCUGGGCCCUGCCGCUGGUCACCCUGACCAGCAUUGCAGUUUCUGUCGCCGACAGUGGGCCCGCCGCCAGUCGGCUACUGGCUGCCGUAGGCCAAGGCCUCUACUUCACGAGGAUAAUAGAGAAAGCCCUCGAUCCGAACGGGAAACUGGCGGGCGUGAGGAACGCGGCCGAGAGCGCGUGGGUGAGGCUCGAGCUGUACCGGAAGUGGCAAGGCGAGGAUCUGCGGAGGAGGUCGGGAGCUCUUGAAAGGCUCUCCAGCAGUGCAGAGAAGACGGUCAGGCAUUUCGUGGAGGAGCCUGCGAACAGAUUCCUAGCGCGGGACCCACUCAACUGGCCCGCGAAGGUCAUAGCUGCCAACUCAAUGUACAGGAUAACACGGACAUUAAUGAUCAUGAGGGAGGGCGAAAAUGAUGAUGAUGAUGAUGGGCUGUUUGAUAAAGUGGAGAUGAUGAUAUCUGACAUAGUGGCAGCUUGUUUCACGAACUUGGCACGUGUGAUAAGCAAGUCCGUGAGAGGAGGGGAAGAGAGCAUGUGCCGGGCUGCUCUUCUUUUGGGCGAGUGCGAGGAGGUUCUUGAAACGCUCGAGCGGACGCGUGGGCUUCCGAAUGUUUGUCCGGACAAGGCGGCCACUGUUGACGGGUGGAGGGCUUUCUUGGAGCAAGAGUUUGGAAACACAUAA